CCAUCCGCCUCGGGAGACUGUUGUCAGCGGUGGUCGGGAGCGCCGCCCGGGCUACGAGUGACGCGGAGAUACUGCGGAGCGAGCGAUUGGCCGGACACGUCCGCGCGGCCUGCUCCUCCCAGGCCUUCCCCUCCGCCUGUCCUCACCGGUCCUCCCCGGGUGACCUUCGGGGCUGGCGUCACCAUGCCGAACAUCGCCAGGCUGAGCCGGCUUCAGGGGGCAGCGGCCGGCACCGGGUUCUGGCAGCUUUAGACGCUCCGCACUACGUCUUUGGUGCCCGGUCUCGCCCUCCGAGUCGGCUGGCGCCACAGGCAAGGGGCUAGGGUAGGCUCGGGGUUGGGGAGGGGCUCGCCCGAAGAAAGUUUGCCCAGCAACUUGUGACGGGCGCCGCCUGAGGCGCCCCAGGAUUGGCUGCGCUGCUCUGGGUCACGGAAAGCGACCUGUUCAGGUGCUGUGUUCCUCAUCCGGCGAAUAGUUGUGCCCCGCUCUUAAGUACCAGGCACCAAGUCCCAGAUGAGUGGCCAGCUUCCCUUCUUUCAUCUUGGAACGCACAGUUCGCGCAAGUGGAGCUAUGGAAGUCCCAUGCUGUGCUGCUCUAAUCUUGUGAGGGAUUCUUAGGGGUUGAGCGGGGAAGGACUGAAAAGGGCUGCAGACCGUUUAGGAUGCCUGGAGUGGAGAUGGGAGGUUUCUACUUCAAGCGUGAUCCCUUUGCUUGUGGGAUGAGCUCCAGCAUGGGGUGAGGUACAGAAGAGAGACUCGAAGAGCCUGCCUUGGGACUUAAGCGCCAAACCUGCCCCCUAGCAAGUGUCUUACUCCACAUCCGUAAUGGAAGGAAAUGCACAUCCUACUCCAGAGGCACAAGAGGAGGAUAUCCCAUGCUGGCUACUCCUGCCCAGCGUGGUCGGGGAGCAGAAGCUCCAGAGCCCAGACUUGCAGGCUCACGGUGCAGGGUGAACCUGGCCACAGCUCACCUCUGGAACAGCAGCAGUGUCCGCCCUUAGAGAAGAACCCUGAAAUCAGACCAGUUUUUGUGGCCUCCCCCUUUCCUCUCUGUUACGGUGCCCUUUCCAGGCCUUAAGAGAAGUAAAACUUAGCCACAGCAUCAGGAGGUGGACCCCCGAAUGUGAGUGGCACAGUUCCCUGUGAACCCAUCCUCACCAUGUUUGCCACAUCUGGGGCAGUGGCAGCGGAGAAGCCUUACGCGUGCAGCGAGUGUGGCAAGAGCUUCUGCUACAGCUCAGUGCUGCUGCGACAUGAACGAGCUCACGGCGGUGACGGCCUCUUCCGUUGUCUAGAAUGCGGUGAGCGCUGUGCACGGGCUGCCGACCUCCGAGCGCACAGGCGCACCCAUGCUGGCCAGACCCUCUACAUCUGCAGUGAGUGCGGACAAAGCUUUCGCCACAGCGGCCGCCUUGACCUACACUUAGGUGCACACCGGCAGCGAUGCCGCACUUGCCCCUGCCGCACCUGCGGCCGCCGCUUCCCGCACCUCCCGGCGCUGCUGCUACACCGGCGCCGUCAGCAUCUGCCAGAGCGGCCCUGCCGCUGCCCGUUGUGCGCCCGCACCUUCCGACAGAGCGCGCUGCGCUUCCACCAGGCGCGGGCGCACCCCCCGGGGACAACCUCUGACCCUGCCGCCCCACCCCACCGCUGCGCGCAGUGCCCGCGAGCCUUCCGGAGCGGCGCCGGGCUGCGGAGUCACGCGCGCAUCCACGUGCCCCGGAGCCCCGUGCGACCCCGUGCCUCCGACGCCCACCAGUGUGGCGUGUGCGGCAAGUGCUUUGGCAAGAGGUCUACGCUGACGCGACACCUGCAGACGCACUCUGGGGAGAAGCCCUUCAAGUGCCCGGAGUGCGGUAAGGGCUUCCUGGAGAGCGCCACGCUGGUGCGCCACCAGCGCACACACACGGGCGAGAAGCCGUACGCAUGUGGCGACUGCGGACGCUGCUUCAGCGAGAGUUCCACGCUGCUGCGCCACCGGCGCAGCCAUCAGGGCGAGCGGCCACACGCGUGCGCCACUUGUGGCAAGGGUUUCGGGCAGCGCUCCGACCUGGUGGUGCACCAGCGCAUCCACACGGGCGAGAAGCCCUUCGCGUGCCCCGAGUGCGGCCGCCGCUUCAGCGACCGCUCGGACCUCACCAAGCACCGGCGCACACACACAGGCGAGAAGCCCUACCACUGCGAGCUGUGCGGCAAGCGGUUCACGUGCGUGUCCAAUCUCAACGUGCAUCGGCGCAACCAUGCCGGCCACAAGCCACACAAAUGCCCCGAGUGCAGCAAGGCCUUCAGCGUCGCUUCCAAGCUUGCACUACACCGCAAGACGCACCUGGGCGAACGGCCAGCGGAGUGCGCAGAGUGCGGCAAGAGCUUCAGCCACAGCCGCUCGCUGUCGCAGCAUCAGCGGGCCCACACGCGCGCCCGCACCGCUGCCGCCGUUGCCAUCCAGUCCGCAGUGGGCACUGCCCUCGUCUUUGAGGAGCCGACUGAACAGGAAAAUCCAGGGUUCUUUGUGUCCUAGUUGAGGGAGGCUUGCUGAGGCUUCUCUAAAGGUGGUUGGGAAGCACCCAAAUAAUACCACGGGGACAGCUGAGGCAACUCGUAGAUGGAGGUUUGGGAAAAGACGAUGUGGCCUCCUGCCUUUCCAGUUUCUGUUGGCUCCCUUCACUUGGCCUCCUGCCUCGCCUCUACACCUACUCCCUGUCGGCCCUUUUGCCAUCCUGUCCUCGUAUAACUCGGAUUCUCUCCUCAGGUGUAGGUGCAGGGAGUCCGAGAAACCUUGGACUCAGUCCUGAGUGCAAGAGCCCAGGUGUUGGUGUGUCCCUUUAACGCCACUGUGCUUUCCGGUGUUUCCGAUUUUCCUGCUUUUGCUCUGUCUUCUUUUGUCCCAUCUUCUUAUUCCAGCCCGCAUUUUCUCCUUUCCCGAUUACUUUUGUUGUCCUGCCUCUUCCGGUAGUGGUCACAGAUUUGGCUGUAGUCAUGUUACCAGCCCUGUGGCUUCUUGACUGUUGGUUCCCUGUUAACUCUCUGCCUCUAAGAAAUGUGGGUAUGGAGGUGGGAAAGCUCACUUCCAGGCAGGAUGUCUCCAUGCUAGGAGCUGCCUGCACCCUGGCAGAGGUGGCCACUCACGUGAAGGUGGGCAGGGCCCUUAGCAUGGCCACACGUCCCCCAGGCAGAUCAAGGGGCCUCUGAGAACAAUGUUCCCCAGCCAGGUGAGGAACAUUUUCACUGGGACUCAGGCCAAAAUCACAUGGGUCCACAAAGCCAGGCACUGCCAAGUGGAACAUGAGGUUAUUUCCAAAUCAUGGGAGCCACCAGUAGGGAGAGGGCAGGAUGGAAAAUCCCCUGGAGCUGGUCAACAACUUUUGCUCAUGGCUAGUGAAAUAAAGUUGGUUGUUUGAGUUAUAGA